AUGGUGUUCCGGAGCGAGGAGAUGUGUCUGGCGCAACUGUUCCUGCAGUCCGGCUCUGAAUAUGACUGUAUCAGUGAGCUGGGAGAACUGGGGCUGGUCGAGUUCCGAGAUCUCAACCCGAGUGUCAGCUCGUUCCAGCGGCGCUUCGUCAGCGAAAUCAAGAGAUGCGAUGAGAUGGAGAGGAUUCUGGGUUAUCUGCUGAGGGAAAUCCAGAAGGCUCAUAUAGCCGUUCCAGAGGAGGAUGAGAGUCCACUGGCCCCCCCUCCCAGACAAGUCCUGGAGAUCAUGGAGCAGCUCCAGCGGCUGGAGAUGGAGCUGAGCGAGGUGGCGAAGAACAAGGAGAAGCUGCAGCGGAACCUCCUGGAGCUCACCGAGUACACGCACAUGCUGAAGAUCACGCGGACCUUCAUCCACAGCCGCUCCAGACACGAGGCUAUUGGUCCCCAGUAUGAAGAAUUCCCCACUAUGGAGACCGACUCGGUGAGUGGAUGCACCGGUAUGCAAAGACUUGGAGCCAAACUGGGGUUUGUGUCGGGUCUUAUCCAGCGGGUGAAGGUCGAGGCCUUCGAGCGCAUGUUGUGGAGAGUGUGUAAAGGUUACACCAUCCUCAGCUACGCAGAGUUGGAUGAGAACCUCACCGAUCUCGACACGGGUGAGAUAAGCAAAAGUGUCGUGUUUCUCAUCUCUUUCUGGGGAGACCAGAUCGGACAGAAAGUUCAAAAGAUCUGCGACUGUUACCACUGCCACCUCUAUCCACACCCUGAGAACGAUGAGGAGCGGGCGGAUGUGUUGGACAGUUUAAAGACUCGCAUCCAGGACCUCAACAGUGUGCUGCACCGCACUGACGACUACUUGAGGCAGGUUCUGCAGAAGGCGUCAGAGUCGGUCUACACCUGGGUGGUGCAGGUGAAAAAGAUGAAGGCCAUCUACCACAUCCUUAACAUCUGCAGCUUCGACGUCACCAACAAGUGUCUGAUCGCUGAAGUGUGGUGUCCCGUCAGUGACCUGGCAAACCUGCGGGGGGCGCUAGAAGAGGGAGCAAGAAAAGGUGAUGCCACUGUCCCAUCCUUUGUGAACCGCAUCCCGAGCAACGACCCUCCACCGACCAUGCUAAGAACCAACAAGUUCACAUCUGGGUUUCAGAGCAUUGUGGAGGCUUAUGGGGUGGGGGACUAUCGCGAGGUAAGCCCAGCUCCCUUCACCAUCAUUACGUUCCCCUUCCUGUUCGCCGUGAUGUUCGGUGACCUUGGACACGGGAUGGUAAUGAGCCUCUUUGCCUUGUGGAUGGUGCUGACGGAGAAAAAGCAGAAGAAGAAACGCUCCAACAACGAGAUCUGGACUACGUUUUUCAACGGGCGUUACAUCAUCCUGAUGAUGGGGCUUUUCUCCAUCUACACCGGGCUCAUUUACAACGACUGCUUCUCCAAGUCGCUCAACAUAUUCGGCUCCGGCUGGAGCGUGAAGGCUAUGUUCACAAAUCAGCAGUGGACAAACAAAACGCUGAGAACAAACGCUGUGCUCACGUUGGACCCGAACGUCAGUGGUGUUUUCUUUGGACCGUACCCAUUUGGAAUUGAUCCUAUAUGGAACCUGGCUGUGAACCGACUGUCCUUCCUCAACUCGUACAAGAUGAAGAUGUCCGUUGUCAUCGGCGUCAUCCACAUGAGCUUUGGAGUGGUGCUGAGUGUCUUCAAUCACUUGCACUUCCGACAGAAAUUCAACGUAUAUCUGCUGUUCCUGCCGGAGAUGCUCUUCCUGCUCUGUCUCUUUGGCUACCUGGUCUUCAUGAUUAUCUACAAGUGGUUGGCGUUCGGCGCCCGGGAUUCCAGCCAGGCUCCGAGCAUCCUCAUCCACUUCAUCAACAUGUUCGUCAUGCAGGGGAAUGAUAUCGCUCCUCUCUUCCCAGGACAGAUCGGGCUGCAAAUCUUCUUGGUUGUAGUAGCGAUGCUGUCGGUUCCUGUGCUGCUGUUAGGAAAGCCUCUCUACUUGUACUGGCUGUAUCGUGGAGGCAAAGGCCUGCGCAGACGCAGAGGUUAUGAGAGGGUGAGGCGUGUCAGUGAGGAUGAAAAUUCCACAGCACCAGCCUAUGAAGAUGAUGAAGAGGAGGGAUUUGACGAAAUCACCGACAGAGAAGCUCUCCCCAAAGAGUUCGACUUUGCAGAUGUGCUCCUGCACCAGGCCAUUCACACCAUAGAGUACUGCCUGGGCUGCAUUUCCAACACUGCUUCCUACCUGCGUCUCUGGGCCCUCAGCUUGGCUCACGCCCAGCUGUCAGAGGUGUUGUGGUCCAUGGUGAUGCGUCUGGGUCUGAGGGUCACCACGAGAGUCGGGGUCGUGUUCCUGGUGCCUGUGUUUGGCCUCUUUGCCGUGCUCACCGUGUCCAUCCUGCUCGUCAUGGAAGGCUUGUCGGCGUUCCUCCAUGCUCUCCGCCUCCACUGGGUGGAGUUCCAGAACAAAUUCUACCACGGAACCGGCGUCAAGUUCAUUCCCUUCGACUUCUCCCUCCUGCCGUCUGUCUUUGAACAAGAUGGCUUACUUUAA